GAUUCUCCUGUAUUCGAGUCUUAACUUCUCAAGCGUUUCAUGCUUAUUUUUUUUAAGAGAUUAGUGGUUAAUUUAUUUUAGUCAUAAACAUGAAGUCUGCCUUUGUUCGUCUCUGCCUUACUCUAAGUAUUAUUCUCUAUGCUGAUCUAGUCAAUAGCGAGAUAAUGGCCUUCCCAGGCGACUGUACGAAGUACCAGCUCUGCGACGCGAGCGGUUGCUUCGUAUUUGAUUGUGCGCCCGGUACCGAAUUCAACCCCUUGGUGAGCGUCUGCGACUAUCCGCUAAGCGAUCGAGGAUCUUGCUCAGCGAUGAUGGCUGCUGCCGCGAGUGGAAUAGUCAAUGGAGUCGGCCCAGCCGUCAAUGGUCAACAAGUGGUAGGCAGUGGAAAUUGUCAGAAAUGUGCUGGAAGAGGCGGAGGUGGCAGUCAAAGACCUCAAAGUGAUAACGGUGCAAGUCCUCACGGCGCUGGAAAUCAAGGACCACAAGCUGGUCAUCCAUCUACCGGUGGUAUUCAGAAGCCGCAAGGAGGAGGUGGUGGUGGCUCUUUCAUUGGUGGUAAUCAAGGACCACAAGGUGGCCAUCCUUCCGGCGAUGGUUUUCAAAGACCGCAAAGCGCAGUUGGUGGUGGCUCUUUCAUGGGUGGUAAUCAAGGACCACAAGGUGGCCAUCCUGGCGAUGGUUUUCAGAGACCGCAAAGUGCACUUGGUGGUGGUUCUUUCAUGAGUGGUAAUCAAAGACCACAAAAUAGCCAUCCUUCCGGCAAUGGUUUUCAGAGACUGCAAAGUGCACUUGGUGGUGGCUCUUUCACGGGUGGUAAUCAAGGAUCACAAGGUGGCUAUCCUGGCGAUGGUUUUCAGAGACCGCAAAGCGCACUUGGUAGUGGCUCUUUCAUGGGUGGUAAUCAAGGAUCACAAGGUGGCCAUCCUUCCAACGGUGGUUUUCAGAAGCCGUAUAGCGGAGGUGGCGGUAGCACUUUCAUGGCUGGUAAUCACGGACCUCAAGGUGGCGGCGGUGGUGGCAACCCUUUCUUGCAAGGUGUUAGACCUAUGGGAAACCAAGGUGGCUUACCACCACCGAGUGGGCAUGCAUUCACUAGACCUGGCAACGGCGGUAGUGGUAGUCCUCAUUCUUCUGAUACGCAAAAUCAGCAGCAGACCUUAGUGCAGCCCAACGCUCAAGGUGGCAACUGCAGAGCAUGCCAAAACGGAGCUCCCCAUCGACCGUCGGGUGGAAUGGGUUUGACUGGUGGUGAUCCAUUCCCAGGACACAAAGGUCACAUGGGCGGUGGUAGUGGUGCUCCACAGAAACCGGCACCAUAUCCACCUGCACAUCAAGGCGGAGAGGGUGAUUACGAGGAUCCCGACGACAAUGGCGAGGACUACAACGACGAUAACAACGGUGCGGUGGCACCUCCACUCAAAAAAUACACUCCUCCACCGGGCAUCGGUGCUGGCGACAAUGGCAACACCAUUUGUUGAAGAAACGACUUAUUUAUACGAUGUAGAGCUGUGUACAUCUAUAAUAUACAAAAACUAGUGCGUAGCUUGAAAAUAAAUCGAUUAUAUUUGAAUAAUAUUGACCGUAUUUUUUCUUCUUUUCUCACUUUUUUCAUGGUUGUGUUUCUAACGUAUAAUUGAUAAAGUUCGUACACGGUUUUAUACGUUUUUCAAGCUCACGAUUGUUGCGCUUAGAGUUCCGAUAAGAUUUUUUAAAAUGAUAUACACUUUUAAUUGUGAAAAUUAAUUAAUACCAGUGGAUAAAACCUGUAUUUUUGGUUGAAAAGGUCGUCGUUUCUUAUUAUUUUUUUCAACACAACAAAUAUUUGAGGAAGUGACUUUUGAGAUGAUUAAUUAAUUGGUAAUAGAUGAUGCUCUGGUGCAGAUAAAAGAUAAUAUUGUCUUCUGCCAAGAUAACCUCUCAAUGAAAACCGGUUCUCCAUGUCCAUGUGUAACAAAUAAUAAUGUGUUUGAUAACAAUAACGUUUAUUUAUUUUCAAGUUCUGUA